UUUUUUACCGCGGACGUAUCUCCCAAUUCUGGCUAUGAAAAGACCAAUAAUCUUUGCAUCAGCAAGGAAAGACUAACAGGCUUACUGAAAUGGUACUCCAAUGGGAAAAAUGUCUCGAGAAGAUCCCUUCAGCUGGACAACAUCAAAGGAGAGGUGACAUUCAUCCAACAACAAGGUUCACAAAAUGCCCUAGUGCUCACUGGACAUGUCCCUGGAUUUAAACGUGAUGAUCUACAGCCCCUGCCUUCAGUUCACACUGCCACCAAGGUCAACCAAAGCUACAAAGAUGUUCUUCUUGGGACAGAUGAUGAUGCAGCCGAAGAUUCUCUUGAAAAAAACUGACACCGUCACGCCUCCGUGGCAAGCUGACACCAUCACGCCUCCGUGGCUCUCCCGGCACACCGAAGAGGCAAAGAGGCCACGCCGCCGCUCCAGCCUCCCGCCAAGAGCCCGCACAAGCCCCCGUCUCCCCCCCGAAGACCCCGCUAAAGCCCCCGCCGACAGCGCCACCCCAGUCCCCCCUGAAGACCCCGCCGACAGCGCCACCCCAGUCCCCCCCGAAGACCCCGCCGAAGCCCCCGUCUGCACCGCCGCUCCAACCCCGUCCCAAGACCCUGCUCAAACCCCCGUCAAGGCCGCCCCUUCUGCAAUGGUCCCCUUUCAUUCUACAACCCCGUCCCUGUGCCGCCCCACCAUGAAUGUGUCCGUGACUGUACACCCCGUUCGUUCACAAUCCUACCCUGACCUCGCAGAUCCCCGUCCUUCCCCUGAAAGUUCCCCUGACCGUGCUCCAACCCCUUCCAUCAGAGCGGAUCCCCCUCCCUCCCCUGACGGGUCGACAGCACCCACCCCUGACCAGUCCCUUCACCCUUCCCCGUCCCAGACCUUCUGA